AUGGCGCAAGCCUCUCCGGCACCGAUUCGGAAGGACGAUAAUGUCGCCUGGACGCCCACCGCCGCCCCAGGCAUUUUUGCUCUGGCCCCGUUCCCGCUGUUUUUCUCCCGACUCGACGCGACGCUGUGUGCCUGCCAUGCCCCUCUGGGGUGUGCGAGGAAAGAAGCAAGUCCUUGGGCCGAACGGUCUACUCCUCGCGCCUCUGCGAGGCGUCGAGCACCGCAUCUCGCGGCGGAGCAGCCUGCAGACUCAGAGUGCCAAGCUAACGGGUCGUCCCCUGUCGCUUCUCCAUCUGUCGCGUCUCCCUUGUUCCCUGAGACCUCCUCAUGGCGUCGCCGAGGUUUGCUGGCUGCCUUCAGGUGUACAUACGCCUCAGACAAGCCAGACGGCGGCACCGAAAGACCAGCGUUGCCAGUACGUGCCCACAACUCGAGGGGCGGGCACGAAGAUGCAGGGUGCGAGGCUGAGGGCCCCGAGGGGAGGCCAGGGUCGGCGAACUGCAUUCCUCUCUUCUGCUGCACAAGAUGGAAACACUUUACUCCUCACAGAGUGCCGACAGCAGACAGCCGAGUCGACGGCGCUGACGACAGUGCCCGGGCUCACGCAGAUGGAGAGGCAGCCGAGCCGGAGACGAGGCGGAACAGCCCGGCGGGCAGCCGCGUCGUGUGUGGGCUGCUGAUCUUUGAUGGAUGCGAGUUCUUCGAAGGCCGCCUGCUGUACAGACACCUCAACCCGCAUCUUUGCUGGAACACUGAAACAUGGAAUCGACUCUUCUAUGCUCUCACGAAUCCGUCGGGCGCGGCUGCGUCCAGCCUCCCCACAUCGUCGUCUCCUCUGUCUCCUGUCUCGGUUUCGCGGCCGCGCAGAUCGAAUUCCCCCCCCGCAACUGCUUCCUCCGCUCUCGCGUCGCCGUCAGCUGCCUGGCCAGGCCGCUCCGAGGCGCCGGUGCUCGCCGUCCCGCUUUGCGCGGAUCGGUCGAGUGUCUCGCGUGUCCGCCUGCUUGUGCACCGCCUGGAGCCGACGGCAUCUGACGAAGAAGACUCCAGCCUGUCUGCGAAGAGCGGGCUGGGAGACAGAAGGGGAGAGCUGGGCGAAGAAGCGCAGCCCUCGCCGAGGUCCUCUUCUCUCCAGCAGUGGGAUUUGCCUACGGGCACUGCCCCAUCGCUCCAGAGUCCGACACGUCUUCCCUCUGCGACUUUGUCCGCGACGGCCUCGCCGACUGUGUUGUCCCUGUCCUCUCUCACUGGCCUGCCGCAUGCAGCCGGUUUCAAAAGCAAGCUUGCUUCUUCUGCUUCCACUCCGCAGUCUUCCACGCAUCGGGGCGCGCGCAAGAUUGCAUCGGGCACACCGAAGAAAACGUACGCCCUCUCGCUUGUCAUGGGCCUCGGAAACGAGGCUUCUGAGCUGUCCGUACACCUGACUGCCCCUAUCCGCCUGCAGGCGUUGAGCGCCUCGGCAGGAACCACGAAGCUGUUCACUGCGUCUCUGCUGCUCCAGCAGCUUCAGCUCCAGGAACAAAGGCGGCUUUUCGAGUACGCGCAGAAAUGUGCGUCUUCGCUUGAAACGUGCACCGCCGAGUUGGCGACGGCUGCGGUGACCCGUGAACGCCAGGAGCGCCGUCUGUUGCGGGGCAUGUGUCUUCUUCUGAAUUCGAAGAAAAAGAAGUUACGCGAACUCGAGCGCGAGCUCGAGGACCACCGGAAGAAGCUGGCGGCCUCUGGACACGGUGCGGCCUCUGAGGCGUCGUCGGGGCUGCUCGCGGCCUCAGAGGAAGCGAGGCGAGGAGCGGGCUCGAAGGAAGGGCGGGGAAGUGCAGAGAGACACGCGAGACACGCGACGGCAGAAGAGCCCGAGAAAGAGGGACAAGCUACGUCCUCGUUCGUCGCGACUCCACCAAGCUUAACCGGCCGCGGCAGCUGUAGGCGAGUGUCUUUCAGUGGCAAGGGAGCGGCCAGGGAAGAGCCGGGGCUGCACAUGCGCGACUCGUCCCAGGUGGACAGGAGCGCUGAAGACGGCGAGACAUCGCCAGGCAGCAAUCAAACCGAACAGGAGGUCGGUGACAAGGAACGAGGUGGACAACCUCCACAGCGGUUUCCUUCGCUCUCACGGGACACACGUUCUCGCCUGAUUCCCCAAGCGGGGAGCGGUGGGAAACGGCCUGCGACAGAGGAGGAUUCCGGCGAAGCAGAGAAGGACGACAGCGGAGCCGAGAGUUCUGGAGAAGAAGAUGAGUGUCUCCGGUGGGCAGCGGCGGAACAAGGCCGGGUCGCGAAGAAGCGGAAAGUCGUGGAGGGCGAGGCGCACACGCCCAGGCGUGCACAGAGCAGCCGGGAAGCGCUGGAGCUCGUCUCGUCGAACGUGGCCGAGUCAGAUGCGACGGCCGUUCAGAACGCGCAUAGCGACAGUGACACGAGGAAGACUGGAAAGCCGGCGACAGGGGUCGGCCUCCAAAGCAGACGCCGACACAACGCUGCCUCCGCUUCCGCUUCGCGUCAGCUUUCCUCUUCUUCGUCUCGGCCGCCGUCUGCGCCUUCUUGUGCGGGUUUGGCCGCUCCGAAUAAUCCGCAACUGGCGGGCAUGUUGGAGGUGACGGACAGCGACAAGUUUGCGGCAGCUUUUGCGUUGAUUGCGGUGAAGAAGGAGCCGGAGAGCGCGAGCGAGGAGACGCAGUUGCCCCACGCUGGAGAGGAGCGAGACCCAAGAGGGAACAGCACACUGCGACUUUCGCCUGGAGAAGAAGAGCCGUUAAAGAGACGGUUGCGUCCGCGCCGGAGAGAGGGACGCGUUGAGGAGACUCAGGAAUCUCCCUCUUCGUUGGAGAGGGAGAACGACGUGGGAUCUGCGGAGGCAGAGACGUCCCCGCAGAGUGGGGCGAAGGGGAGGAAUCGGGGGAGUCGGCGCACGCGCGCGUCGAAAGGGCCGAGGAAGCAGGCUUCAGAUUCGUCCGGCCUGUUGCCUUUUUCGGAAAAGGAGAGUGGAGGCAGAGAAGUCGCGUCGCGUGCGAAGGCGCGAGAGGAGCGGCGAGGCGAGGCAGAGCUGGAAGAAGCAGGAGACGGAGAGAACGAGCAAGCGGAGAGGAAAGAAGAAAGCGACAGUUUAGAGGAAACACAGUGCCUUGGAGGAGAGACUCUGGAGUGGAGCUUGCCAGAUUCCGAUAUUCACGAGUCUCCCGGGGGAGGAGCGAAGAAAGCUGGAAGAAGGCUCCGCCGGCGAAGGGCGUAUAGCGGGUCAGGCAGAGACGCUCGCCCUUGA